CACCACUCCUUUUGGCUCGUCAUCACCUUAGAAUGGCUCAAGAGCAUUUACAGUUCCGCGGCGUCCUUCAGGGACAUACUGAUUGGGUUACCUCCAUCGCCACUACGUAUGAGGAUCCCAAGAUGGUUGUCUCCGGUUCUCGCGAUAAGAAGAUCAUGAUCUGGGAGCUCACCAACGACUCCGAGUCUGCUGGCUACCCUCGUCGUUCCCUUACUGGUCACAACCAGGCCGUCUCUGAUGUUACUCUGUCUUCUGAUGCCCAGUACUGCCUCUCUGGGUCUUGGGAUAAGACCUUGAGGCUUUGGGAUGUGUCCUCGGGUAAGACCGUCCAGACCUUCGUUGGCCACACUUCGGAUGUCUUCUCCGUCGCCUUCUCCCCCGAUAACAGGCAGAUCGUCUCUGCUGGCCGCGAUAAGUCUAUCAAGAUCUGGAACGCCAUGGGCGAGUGCCGUCACACCAUCGUUGAUGACCAACACACUGACUGGGUCUCUUGCGUCCGCUUCUCCCCCUCUGCCAAGCAGCCUCUGAUCGUCUCCUGCGGUUGGGAUAAGCUCGUGAAGGUAUGGUCUCUUGAUAACGGCAAGCUCCGUAUCAACCUCGCCGGCCACACUGGCGUCCUCAACAACGUGACCAUCUCCCCUGAUGGAUCCCUCUGCGCUUCCGGUGGUAAAGAUGGUGUUGCUAUGUUGUGGGAUGUCAACGAAGGCAAGCAUUUAUACUCCCUCGAUGCCAACAGCAGCAUCAACGCCCUCUGCUUCUCCCCUAAGAACUACUGGCUUUGUGCUGCUACUGAUGGCGGUGUCAAGGUGUGGGAUCUCGAGACUAAGAACGUCCUCGAGGAGAUCACUCCCCCGGCUGAGUAUAAGUCGCCUCUCCCUUGGGUUGUCUCCAUCUCGUGGUCUGCUGAUGGCAACACUCUCUUUGCUGGUAGCACUGAUGGCAACAUCUAUGUCUACGAGAUCGCCAGAUCGUAAAUAUGAAGGAUCGUAUUAACGGCGCCUCGACGCGUCCAUCUGAGGUCGUCUUCUUCUGUGAGGAGGUUCCUUGGAGUGGUAGAUUUCUAGUGAGCC